AUGAAGAUGGGGCCUUCAGCCCAUCCCAUUUACGCUCUAGGCGUUAUCAUCAUGGCAACAAUGGUUGCAGCCUAUGAGCCACUCACGUAUAGCUUGCCACCUCUACCGUCAUAUUCACCAUCUCCAAAAGUAGAAUACAACUCUCCACCACCACCGUAUGUCUACAGCUCUCCACCGCCACCACCAUCCUAUUCUCCAUCGCCUAAGGUCGACUACACAUCUCCUCCACCACCCUAUGUCUACAGCUCCCCACCACCACCACCAUACUACUCACCAUCACCCAAAGUUGAAUACAAAUCUCCUCCACCACCAUAUGUUUACAGUUCUCCACCACCACCACCAUACUACUCACCAUCACCCAAAGUUGAGUACAAGUCUCCUCCCCCACCAUAUGUUUACAGUUCUCCACCACCACCUCCAUACUACUCUCCAUCACCAAAGGUAGAUUACAAGUCCCCUCCACCACCAUAUGUUUACAGUUCUCCACCACCACCUCCAUACUAUUCCCCAUCACCAAAGGUUGAGUACAAAUCCCCUCCACCACCAUAUGUCUACAGUUCUCCACCACCACCACCAUACUACUCACCAUCUCCAAAAGUAGAUUACAAAUCUCCUCCACCACCUUAUGUUUACAGCUCCCCACCACCACCUCCAUACUAUUCCCCAUCACCUAAGGUAGACUACAAGUCCCCUCCACCUCCAUAUGCUUACAGUUCUCCACCACCACCAUACUACUCUCCAUCACCUAAGGUAUACUACAAAUCUCCUCCACCACCAUAUGUCUACAGCUCCCCACCACCACCACCAUACUACUCACCAUCUCCUAAGGUUGAGUACAAGUCUCCACCACCACCGUAUGUCUACAGCUCCCCACCACCACCUCCAUACUAUUCCCCAUCACCUAAGGUAGACUACAAGUCCCCUCCACCUCCAUAUGUCUACAGUUCUCCACCACCACCAUACUACUCGCCUUCUCCUAAGGUUGAGUACAAGUCUCCACCACCACCGUAUGUCUACAGCUCCCCACCACCACCAUACUAUUCUCCAUCACCUAAAGUAUACUACAAAUCUCCACCACCACCAUAUGUCUACAGCUCUCCACCACCACCACCAUACUAUUCACCAUCUCCAAAGGUUGAGUACAAUUCUCCACCACCGCCAUACUACUCUCCAUCCCCUAAGGUUGUAUACAAGUCUCCUCCACCACCGUAUGUCUACAGCUCCCCACCACCACCAUACUACUCCCCAUCCCCUAAAGUUGUAUACAAAUCUCCUCCUCCACCAUAUGUUUACAGCUCCCCACCACCACCAUACUACUCCCCAUCUCCUAAGGUUGUAUACAAAUCUCCUCCCCCACCAUAUGUUUACAGCUCCCCACCACCACCAUACUACUCCCCAUCUCCUAAGGUUGUAUACAAAUCUCCUCCACCACCGUAUGUCUACAGCUCCCCACCACCACCAUAUUACUCCCCAUCCCCUAAGGUUGUAUACAAGUCUCCUCCUCCACCUUAUGUCUACAGCUCCCCACCACCACCAUACUACUCCCCAUCUCCUAAGGUACACUACAAAUCUCCUCCAUCACCGUAUGUUUACAGUUCUCCACCACCACCAUACUAUUCACCUUCCCCUAAAGUACAUUACAAAUCGCCACCACACCCACAUGUAUGCGUGUGUCCACCACCUCCUCCAUGUUAUGCUCCUUCGCCUAAGGUUGUAUACAAAUCUCCUCCACCACCAUAUGUUUACAGUUCUCCACCCCCACCAUACUACUCUCCAUCACCUAAGGUAUACUACAAGUCGCCCCCACCACCACCGUAUGUUUACAGUUCUCCACCACCACCAUACUACUCGCCUUCCCCUAAGGUACACUACAAGUCUCCUCCACCACCAUAUGUCUACAGUUCUCCACCACCACCACCAUACUACGCACCUACCCCUAAGGUAGAGUACAAGUCUCCUCCACCACCGUAUGUCUACAGUUCUCCACCACCACCGUACUACUCACCUUCUCCUAAGGUACACUACAAGUCUCCUCCACCACCAUAUGUGUACAGCUCUCCACCACCACCACCAUACUACUCACCAUCCCCUAAGGUUGACUACAAAUCUCCUCCACCACCAUAUGUCUACAGCUCUCCACCACCACCAUACUAUUCUCCAUCCCCUAAGGUUGAUUACAAAUCUCCACCACCACCAUAUGUCUACAGUUCUCCACCACCACCAUACUACUCUCCAUCUCCUAAGGUUGACUACAAGUCUCCUCCACCACCAUAUGUUUACAGCUCUCCACCACCACCACCUUAUUACUCUCCUUCCCCAAAGACUGAGUACAAAUCUCCACCACCACCUUCAUAUUACUGA